UGAUGGUAGUGCUUACAGUGUGCCGGCGCCCCCUACAGUGACUACGCGCAUACGCAGACAGCGUUGCGUGAGGUUUUAUUUUAUUAGUGCUUGUGAUAAACUAUCGUGUUUAUGAGUGACUUUAGGGACAGCACAAUGAAUUUGAAACUGAACAACGAGGUAAGAAGCUCUGUCAACUUGCUUCAUAAAGCGCCUUCUACUACUGUAAAGGAAGAGAGACGUCGCACAGGACGAUAUAUUGCGAUUCUAGUGGGUAUAAGUUUGUUCCUUCUGGCGUUGUACCAUGCAUGGGUUAGACGGAUACCAGUAGUCGCCAGUCUAGUGGUGCCCUCUCUAAUAAUGUUCGUGUAUGUCGGCUGGGUUUUAUAUACGGCAUCGAGGGAUAAAAAGCGGUUAUUAGCAGAUGCAGAGGCGGCUCUAAAUGCCGCUUUACCGACUAAUGGUGAGGUCGACGGCCGCACAUCAGAGUUGUCACACACUAACUUGGAAGUUUCUGUUAUUACCAACAAAGAUUCUUCUAAAGCCAACACACCAGAAGAAAGCCCCGAUUGGUCGGAAAUCUCUUCAGUGUUGCUCAAACAAGACCAAAAGCCUGAAGAAAAAAGUGUUUGUUUUGUUAAACCAAUAAUUUUAAUUAAUGAUAAAUUGCCAGAAGAUUUGGAUCAGAAAUGGACGAAUAUUGUCGAAACGUUAACAAAUAGUGAAAAGUUAAAAAGUUUUCAAACGCGUAGAAAGUUCAAACGAAAAUUCUGUAGGAGGAAGCGACACGCUCAUUUUAAAAGAUCAUAUUCUAUAGGUUGACAAAAUUAUUUAUUAAAGAAGGUACCAAUAGUUUUAAUAAUAAUUACAAUUGUUUUAUUGAUAUGAUAUUCAAAAAUGUUUAGAAUUCCUAAUGUGUGGGUAACACAAAAAUAAAAUCGUAGAAAUUACAAUUAUGCGUUGAAUGAACUUAAAACGUAUUCUAGAACUACAAUAAAUUGUAGUAUAUU